AUGGGCUCGCCUCCUGAUCACUACCUCCUGCCUGUGUUGCAGAAUGAUUCCGGUGGUGGACUUAUCCUGAGCGACUCGUGUGUUGACAAGUUGCGACGAACCGCAGAUCCUGGCGAGAUGCUUCGAGUGACUAUCGAAGGUGGAGGCUGUAGUGGUUUCCAGUACAAACUAUCCCUAGAUAAAGAAGUGAAAGAUGACGAUCUGGUAUUUGAACGUGAUGGAGCAAAAGUUAUCUGCGAUAAAAUGUCUUUUGGCUUCAUCGAAGGAUCAACGGUCGAUUACGAGGAGGAAUUGAUCCGGUCAGGAUUCAGGAUCCUGGACAACCCUCAAGCAGAUAAAAAAUGCAGUUGCGGGGCGUCUUUUACACCGAAAAUUGAGCUUUAG